CUUAUCAAUCCCUGCCCCACUACUCAUCCACCACAGCAUCACCGAUCGUUGCCAUCUCGGAACAAUAAAUUCACUAUUUAUAUAUCGCAAUUUAGCGCAAUUACACGACACUAGAGCGCCUGCGAAACCAGCGCUUAUUACCAGUUCCCCAGCCCCAACCGUACCGAUGUCAAGUCCACCACCAAGCACCCCUCUCUCCCGGUCCUCCACCUUCGAAAACACCACCGACGACAACACCACUGCCACAACCUCAUCGUCUGGCUAUCUACCUUCGAUUGGCAAAUUCCUGCGACGACUCUCCUCUGGCCCGAUAUACGGAUCCACGCCAUCUACCCCAGCCUCCCCGUCCCUCGAAAACUCACAGACUUUGUUCGAGGAGCCUGAUUCCGACAUGCAUGGCUCCAUAUACACCCCGCCAUUACGGACCGCCUCGCCCUUCCAACCGCCGCCCCUCUACCCGCUCUCAUUAUGUGGAUACUCCGAAAAUACAGACGAGAGCGCGAGGCUGAUGAGUAAGGCGAUUGCCGAGGAAAUACGACUCUUGAUACCGCCGCGAUUACAACUCUGCGACGAAUGGCACCUGGUAUACAGCCUCGAGCAAGACGGGGUUAGCCUGGGAACUAUGUACAAAAACUGUGACCAGCUGAUGGGGCUGCGGAACGGGUAUGUCCUUGUGGUUAAGGACGGGGACGGCGGGCUAUUCGGAGCGUACCUAACGGAAGCACCUCAUAUAUCACCACAUUACUUUGGCACGGGAGAGUGCUUCCUCUGGCGUGCCUCCGUCUUCUCCCAGGCGGAUCUGAGUCAGCUCCCCCUACCGCCCUCGGCGGAUACGACGAACAUGCAGCGAAAUACCUCUCUCAACAUCACAUCACCGAGUCCUAGCCCUCACCCACGAAGCCCAAACACCCUGGCACCACCCACAGCGCCUCCUUCGCGCCCUACCUCGCCCUCACAGGUGCGCUUUAAGGCGUUUCCAUACUCGGGCAUUAACGACUACUUCAUGCUUUGCGACGCGACGUUUUUUAGCAUCGGCGGGGGAGAUGGUAAUUAUGGGCUAUGGCUUGACGACAGCUUUGAUCGCGGGAUUAGCAGCACGUGCCUCACGUUUGGCAAUGAACCGUUGAGCGACCAGGGGAAGAAAUUCGAUAUAAUUGGCGUGGAGCUCUGGGCAGUGGGGAACCUGGGAUAAGUACAAAAAGGAAGAGGAGAAAAGGAGGGAAUAAUCUGCGGGACAGAAAGGUAACUGUGGUUGGAAAAUAAUAAGGGCAUAAAGAUACCCCAGGCUGAAAAACAUAUUUGGCAAGUAGGAGUUCGGCCUUGAUGGCCUUGAAUAAUGGGAAAGAGAGCAAAUAUAACGCCACUCAAAAUAACUUUGGACAGAGAUUGAUGACUUCAUGUUAAAAGGGGGAUUUAUAAUGAGAACCUUACAUUCCUUGAGAUAAUUGAUACCAAACUAAGGGCACGUAGAUAGUACUAACUAAUGGAAGAUGUUAUGGGAU